GAACUGAGUCACUUCCCCCCUCUCUUUCUCUCUCUCUCUCGCUCGCUCGCUCAGCCACAAUGCUUUCAGGGGACAUUCCUCCAAAUCAAUCCAUUUACAUCAAGAAUCUCAACGAAAAGGUUAAGAAAGAAGAAUUGAAAAGAUCUCUCUAUUGCUUAUUUUCUCAAUAUGGAAGGAUUUUGGAUGUUGUUGCCUUGAAGACGCCUAAGCUUCGAGGACAAGCAUGGGUUGUGUUUAGUGAAGUUACAGCUGCCAGUAAUGCAGUUCGACAAAUGCAAAACUUUCCUUUUUAUGAUAAGCCUAUGCGGGUACAAUAUGCCAAAACAAAGUCAGAUUGUGUUGCUAAAGCUGAUGGAACCUUUGUUCCGAGAGAAAAGAAAAAGAAGCAAGAAGAAAAAGCUGAAAAGAAACGACGUGCUGAAGAAGCACAACAAUCUGCUAAUGCUAAUGGUAGAAAUGCUGAAACUAAUGGUGGCCCAACUGUAAGUUUUUGCCGCAUUAUAUUUUAUGUUCUCUCUCUUUUUGGGGGUGAUGAAUUUUUUUUUCCUGAGUGGACUCUUUUGCUCAUGAACAAUGUGAAUUAUGUUAAACUGCAUCCUUCUAUUAUGUCUGCAGCCCCCUUCCGACAAGGAAACCAGGGUGCACGAGAACCUGAGGCAGCCCCAAACAACAUACUUUUUAUUCAGAAUUUGCCCCACCAGACAACAAGUAUGAUGCUGCAAGUGCUCUUCCAACAAUACCCGGGUUUCAGGGAAGUCCGAAUGAUUGAAGCAAAGCCAGGCAUUGCCUUUGUAGAAUUUGAGGAUGAUGUGCAGUCCAGUAUGGCCAUGGAGGCACUUCAGGGCUUCAAAAUCACUCCUCAGAACCCCAUGGCCAUAGCUUAUGCCAAGAAGUAACUAGCGUUUUCCUUGGUGGCAAGAAGUGGCCCUUGCUUGCAGAGGAAAUGUAAUAGUUUCAGAGAUUUUGAUGCAUGUUAUAAUCAUGUAGAUGUUUGGGAAAACUAGUUGUAGAAGCUGUAUCCAUUUGUUUGAUUUUCACAUUGAAGUAACAGAACAGGAAAUGCAAUGAGAAAGAAACGUACGUUUCAUUAUUGAAACUUUCACCAA